GUGACGUAAAAUUUUCUAAUGGUGGGCCAUUUGACUGUCUAAAGUUGAAGAAGAUUUGAAACAAAAUACUGGAGCCACGAAGAAGUGCCAAUUUUUCCAACUCAACCAAUUUUAUUAAGUACAAAAAUGACGCCCAUUUUUAUCAAAAGCAGGCAACUCUUGCGCCUGCAUUGGUGAGCUUGGCAGGGUGAGAGAGUAACAGUUCCACUCAAGAGCAGGCAGUGUGAGAGACUAUAGAGGAUAUAUCCAGUAUUCCAUAGUCCCUGAAACGCCACCCGUUACUGGUCAGCCUGCUUGUCAUUUCUGACUCCAGCAGAAGUAGCAUACUGUUGGCUGGGGAAAAAAAGAUAAUGGUAUUAGGCUGCAGAUUGCCUGCAUGUGUGCUGGAUGUUAACAGAUGUUUCCUGGACUGCUCGAGAGUUGUUUAAGUAUUGUUCAAACUGAAUGCUAGUUGGCGACCAUUGUUACACUAUUGCCCAAGCUUGUGAGUGAAGGCUUCUGUGUUAUGGCGCCCACAGUUGAGACGAUGAAUUACCAUUCCAGGACCCCACAGAGUACAGAGAGCGGUCAGAAUUCCUACCUGACUAAUAGAGACAUGGAUGACGCCGCAAGUCUUAAGUCAACCGGUCACUUAGGAAGGCCAACUGGUCGCCCGCUCAAGAUGAGCACCUCUUUAAAGAACCUAAAAGAAAAUGAAGCCAAAUUCAGGAUGGAGUUUUUCAAAAAAGAGCCAUGUCUGUAUUCGCACAAAAUCUUCAAGCAUGCUGCUGUCAUUUUCAACGCUUUGAAACAUGAGAAAGAAGACGAUAACCCUUACCUGAAGCGAAAACGAGAAGAACAAAAGAACGACAAGCCUCCAGAAAUACCUCAUAUUGACUUUGAGAAUGCAAAAGAAAAAAGACUAGCAUUCGAGUUGGCUUUUAGUGCCUUGAAAUAUCAAAAUCUUUUGGAUCAAAUGUUAUCCGAUGUCUCAUUUUUUGCUCAUUUCCCUGAGCAUCGAGACGAGGAGUCGGACGUGAUGGUGGUACUUCAUGACUUUCAGACACGAAAGUUUCAGCCUCGCACACCGUUACCCGGUGAGAAGUUAGAGCCAGACAUUCAGGCAAUUGAGGAGGCCAUCUUAUCCUGUGCUGUCAAACUGAAUGCGUCGAUGGCGAGAAACCGUAUCAAGCACAAGGUGAUCUCCAUUGACCAUCUGUUGCCUGCUGCUGUGAGGGAGACCGAGACUAAGUCUAACAUACCUGCAUACUUAUGGGUGAACCAGGCCAAAUCCAGUGUGGAGUCUGUAGUUGAGGAGCUUUGUCGGGACGGCUUCAUUAAAGUUGCCCCUAACCAAGAGUUGACAGGACAGAUGUUUUGUGUAGACCCCCACUGCAAUGAUGUCCUCACCUUCUCCCAUGAGGCCAGAGAGGACAUCUUCACCCACAACCUCACCAAAGAGGGCUGUCUUGUGCUCCAGGAUAAAUCUAGCUGCUAUGGCCCGCACACUGUGAGGUAUCUACUUAACGACACAGACGAUGUGAUCCAUGUUAACAUAGGGUCAGGGGCAACCACAGCUCACCUGUCCAGUCUCCUAGGCCGACGCUCCAACCACAUCUGGGCAUUUGCCCAGUCUCAGACCGAACAGGAAAUAGAGCACAUCAAAAAUCUGUUUGACAACCUCAAAGUGAAAAAUGUUAAGAUCAUACCUGAUCGAUUCCUGGACACCUCCCCUGAUGAUAUCCGCCUGAGGAACGCCAAGGUGGUGCUGUUAUCGGCAGAGUGUAGCAAGUCUGGGGUCAGUAAUCCGGUGGACUUUGUCGUCAGUGAGGGAGAAGAUAUGACUAUACUGAAGGACCUGUCUAUAGGAGAAGCUGACCAUAGUAAACUGGCAAAGUUAAUAGCCACUCAGGGAGCUCUCCUCAAACAUGCCAUGAGAAUGUCGAAAGUGCAAGCCAUUGUUUACUGCACCCGCUCUGUCAACGCCGUGGAGAACGAGGCCGCUGUAGAGAAAGCCAUUGAGUAUGCAAACACAGCUCUUCUGCGUAAAGUUCCUUACAGAGUUGCGCCCCCUGUGUUGCCUUUAAGCGGAGAGGACAUUGACAGUGGGAAGCUUCUUAAUGGUAAAUUCAUUAAGGUGGCCCCAUCCGACAAAUCCAACGGCUGCUUUGUGGCCCUCAUAACAAGAGAGCCUGAAGAGUACCAGGAAUCUGCUAAAGAUGUUUUAGAACGAGCUGCUGCCAAAGGUUUGCUGGGACCAAAACCUAAGGUUCAAACCAAAGCGAAGGAAGACAACGAAAAUGGUGAUGCCGAUAAGAACAAGGAGACGGAGAAAAGCGAUAAACUGUUACAUCGACGGGUAAGGAAGCCACAGAGCAGGCUGAGUCCCUCCAGGAAGUCUGCUCCCAUUACGGCCACUGCUAAAGUACAAACGCACAACCUUAACUAUAAGGGCUCAGUUGGCACUGUCCUCACUGCACACCGCCCCCCACACCGUCACGUCACCCCACAGUCUGUCGUCUCGCGUCUGUACAGCGGCAAACCCAAAGCACAGCCAUCCAGCGCCAAACAGAAAAAUCACAUCCAGGAGUACCGCAAAGUGGUCAAACACCCAGCACCGUUCCGCUGAUUUAUCAUCUUGUGUGUGGAUUCACGUUCCGAGGCAUGCACACUUAUGUUUAAUCUUCACUUAAGAUUAAAAAGAACCGUACUAAACGAGAGACACUUUAUCGGUUUAAACUGUAUGGUGGUGAAUCAGUAUAAUUUCAUUGGGAUGUUCACCGACACUUUGUCAUGAGUUAGACUUUUUACACAAUGCAAUUUAAUUGAUAUAAAUACCUUUGUUAAAUGUACUAUGUUUUAUCACAUAUUAGUUGCCAUACGUAUACCUAUAUAUUCACUUUAGGAACACUUUGUUGUGUGUACUUUAUGCUAAGCACACUUUGUUGUAUGUUCAUGUACUUUGUGAAGGCACACUUUGUUGUAUGUUCAUGUACUUUGUGAAGGCACACUUUGUUGUAUGUUCAUGUACUUUGUGAAGGCACACUUUGUUGGAUGUACUUUGCGCUAGGCACACUUUGUUGGAUAUACUUCGGGUUCGGCACACUUUGCUGGAUGUACUUUGUGCUGGGCACACUUUCUUAGGUAUACUUUGGGUUAAGCACACUUUGUUGGAUGUACUUUGUGUAAGCUCACUUUGUUGGAUGUACACAAACUUUGUGUAUUCACAAUUUACUGGAUGUAUUUUGUUUUAGACUCUGUUUCCUGGAUCUCCUUUGUGUCAAGUAUACUUAUUGGAUGUAUUUUGUUAAGCACACUUUGUCAGAUGUACUGUGUCAGGCCCAUUUGUUGAAGGUACUGUGUGUGAGCACACUUGUUGGAUGUACUUUGUGUUAAGUAGACUUUGUUGAAGGUACACUGUGUGAAGCGUACUUUGUUGACGGAGACUUUGCUGAAUCACUUCAUGACAUGUUUCGUUUUUCCAUAGCAAAAAAUAUAUGAUAGAAAUACAUAUGUCGAAGUCAGAAUAGUGCAUAAUAUGUAGUUACAGGUGCUAGGUGUAGACACCAGUAUUGUUUUAGAGAACCCAAUAUGAAUGUAAUUUUAUUGUUUGAGACUGUAUUUUUGAAAUUCUCCGUCCAUUUGUUUUAAUUUACUCAAUAGCAAUUAUGUUUGCAACGAUGGUACAAAUGUUAUUACUCUCAUUUUUCAUCCUAUUUGCUCUACAGUUCUUCAGGUAACUUACAUCAUAUUGUAAUAUACCAUAGUUUAACUUAAAUCCAUAUAAUGGAUUGUUUAGGUGAGGCUUAUUUUAAAGACUUUGUACAAAGUGACCUAUUCAAGAAUGUUUCUCUCUUUACAAACAGCCAGGUUUGCGGUCAGCUAGUGUGCCGGAGAUCAAAAAAAGUUCACACAGGUAACAUUUCACAUAAAACACAAAGGUGUUUUCUGCACAUUUCACAUGGCUUGCACUGAAAUUAACAGUAACCCUAUUUUACCCAUUGGCUACAUUUAACACAGAACCCUUGAAAUUUGAUGACCCCAUUUUGGCUGGAGUUGCUCCCCUUGAGUGUGCUCACAUGUUAUGAAGUGCUGUUUAUAUUUGAUACCCAUUUGUCCACAGGAAGAAAUGUGGCAGUGCUAAGAAAAAGAAGUAAUUGAUAUUUGGAGAUUGGCGAAAAGUGUGUUGGGUAUGCUACAUGUUGGUUAUGUUACUCACAAUUACGAUGUAAUUAAGCACAAAUUCACAGUAAUUUCAAAACUGAUGUUUGGGUCGUGUAUUGAACACUGGCUUAAGGACACCUUUAAAGUGCUACUUGCUUCACCUUUUGUUGCAAUGCUUACUUUACCAGAAGCAUAUACACUGUUAUUUACUCUUGAUCUGAUCAUUUAAGUGCGUUUUUCAGCAUGCUUUCAUUCUGAUUACUUUACCUUGUGAAGUCAUUAAACCUCAUAUUUAAUUUACACACCAAAUACAUGUUCCUCAUCAAAAUAUUUAUUUUAGAUGCAUCAUUUGAUUUUUUGUGAUUUCAUUGUAUCACUUUAUUAUCAACCUGUAUAUAUACUGUUUUCAGCCACAGAAAUCCUGAUGUAUACAUACAUAUUGAAACCUAUAAGAUGGAGACUGUGUACCGCAUGUACUUGUUGAUUCCACCUUCAGAUCUCUCUGUCUUUAGUGAUUACAAAUUACUGAACGGUUUUAGUUUUCUUCAGUGUAUUAAGUUCAACUUAAUACUGGUGCCUGUGAUCUUUGCUGGAGUAUGUUAACUGCUGAUGAAUUUUACCAGUAUUUUCAUAUUUUCUUUUAUUAAAACAUGUAACUGUGAUAUUGAUACUUAUGUAUAUACCCUAUUCCUUCUAAAAACUGGGACGCCUGAUCUGCUCAUUUUAGAAAAAAUAUAUAUGUAAUUCUAGCAGGAAUAUUGAGUUUCUUUUUUCUUACAUGGUUAGACUAUCUAUGAACAAUAUACUAGUAUCUUUACUUUUCCAAAAGGCUGGUAAAGAAAUGUAAUAUUCUACUUUCAACACUACUACUAUCUGUCCCAAAUUUGAGAGGAAUUAGUGUAUAUAGACAAACAAAACUGUCUUAUUUCCAGUGUUGCUAUGGAUACAGAGGCCUCUUGUGGGAGAGACAAUCAGUCUAUUUACACUGUUGUUGUUUUAUGUGGAAUGAGGCGAAGACAAAAAAAAAAGGUUGUUGUUGGAAUCCAUUGGCCGUGUUCCACAUUUUGCUCAUACAGUAAAUUUAAGUUUUCAUGUUACCAUUAAAAGCUAAGCCUUUGUUCCUUUUCUCGUUAUCAGACUGCAGUACUGUGACAGUUUCAUGUGAACGUCUCAGUCAAAUUGGCCAGUUUCAGGGCUUCACGAAAAGUAUAAUAUUAUCAGUCUACACAGAGUAAGGCCUUGAGAAUAUGCUUGAAUAAACACCUUACAAACAUACGAAAAGGUUGAAGAAUUACAGUACUUAAAUGUUCUUUGUGAAGAUCAGUUAAUUUCUGAUCACAGAAACCUUACAUGCGUUGGCAUGAAAAGUGUCAUUUUGAGUCCUGUAUUUAUUUCUGAAAGUGCAUAUUCACACACAAAAGUA